CAGAGUCUCCGGGAGUGAAGCAUAGAGCUGAAAUGAUGGCAGAAGGGGGAGCGGAAACGGAGGCUGAAGUGAGGAAUAAACUGCAGGAAUUUGUAGACAAGCUUUAUUAUUUUCGGGACCAUUACUUUGACACCCACAGUGUGGAAGAUGCUAUACGUAAACAAUAUGAUGUCAAGCAGGAAAUGGAUCAAACCACUUUUCUAAUAGAGGAGACUGAUGAUGUUUGGAAGAAUAAGGCCUUUUUCUUAAUGCUGAAGGGAAAAGCUCUCAACGUAUCGCCUAACUAUUGUCAAGAAGCCGAAGAGCUUCUGUCUAAAGCUGUUAAGCUGGAUCCUGGCCUGGUUGAAGCUUGGAAUCAGCUUGGAGAGGUGUACUGGAAGAAAAUGGAUGUUGCAUCUGCUAAGUCCUGUUUUUUGGGGGCUCUCAACCAUUGUAAGAACAAGGUCUCCCUACGUAACCUGUCAAUGGUAAUGAGACAACAACGAUCACAAGAUGCUGAUGAGAAUUCCAGGAACAUCAUGGACAGUGUGAAGCAAGCCAAGCAAGCAGUGCAGAUGGAUACAAGAGAUGGGACAUCCUGGUAUAUCCUGGGCAAUGCUUAUCUCUCUCUGUUCUUCUGCACUGGACAGAACCCAAAAAUUUCUCAGCAGGCUCUGAAUGCGUAUCUGCAAGCGGAGAGAGUUGACAAGACCGCCUCCAGUAACCCAGAUCUGCACCUCAACCGAGCAACUUUGUGUAAAUAUGAGGAGAACUACCAGGGAGCUCUGGAUGGUUUCUCACGAGCCGCUGCUCUGGAACCUUCGUGGACUGAACCAGUGAUGAGGGAAGAACAGCUGCUUGAUUAUCUGGGCAGGCUGUAUGGCCUGCUGAGCAACAAGGGAAAGAUACGUGGAAAGCGACUCCAGAACAUGCUGAGUAGUUUAAGUCCUGUUCUUCUAGGUCAUUAUGGAGGCCUGCAGCUAAAACCACUUAGUUCUCUACAGCCAGGAAAAAAUUCUGGCUGUGUGGUUCUCGGAAGGGUUGUAUUCAGCUUAAUGCCUGAGGAACGGGUGCCAUUUACAUUUGGGCUUGUGGAUACGGAGGGGACGUGUUACUCUAUAAUGGUUUACAACAUGGUGGAAAGUUGGGGUGUCUUGAUUGCAGAUUCUGUGACCAUCCCAGAGCCCCACCUUAAACACCACAAUGUACAGCAUAAAGGACAGACGUUUGUUUUUCAAAGUAUACGAGUUGACUCUCCAGUUCAGUUGUUAGUGAAUGGCAAGCCCCAGGGACCAAGCACUCAGGCCAGUGCAACAGUGGCUUACAGACCCCAGAGCGAGUAACUCCAGGACUGUGGGAUUUCCUGCUGUAAGCUGUGAAAAAUGGGGUAUAAGAGCGGGACGGUCAGAGCUGCCGAUGCCCCUUGUGUUCUGUGCUGAAGUGAAAACACUCGCAGGGAUAGAAGAGACUUCCAAAAUGCACUUCCUUUGGUACAAUAGUUCACUUUCUCUAAUGCCUUGUUGAAAGCCGAUCCUCCGAGUAAGAGUAAAGUCUGCCCCCCUGCUUUUUUAUAAGAGCCGUCUACAUUCCCUACUGCUUCUCGUAUGUGGCAUUUCACUCAGCUCUUUGUGUUGUUUUACUGGCCGUAGUUGUAUUUAUAAAGCAGAUUCAGAUUGUGUUUAUUUAUUUUUGCCAACGCCUUUCAUUGCCCUCGCGUUUAGAGGAAGAUUAAUAUUAUGUUUCUUUUUUUUUUGUAAAAAAAACCCCAAAAAAUAAAUUUGCAUUUAUUUGCUAAUAAUUUA